CUUCAGCUGACACAAGGAGGAGCAGCGCGCGCACAGUCACUGUCUGCGUGUGUUACACCGGGCUGGUUUCCGCCGCUGCACCUGACUGCCGGGUUAUUUAGACGUGUUCUCGGGAACAAACCGCACUUUUCUGGACGGAAUAAAGUCUUUACUCGGUGAUUAAUGCAGCUGUGCGGUUUGGAGCCUCCUGAGCUCGGGCUGAGAGCGCAUGCACCCCGAAUUGGUGUCUCUAAUGAGCGCCGUGACGCCAGCUCUUGUGUGAUGAUGUCAUUGCCGGUGGCUGGACAUGUGUUGGGGGCAGUGUGUAGCAGUGGUGUUGGUGCUGGUGGUUCUGCUCGGCGGUGUUUGUUCGGUGCAGUGGAUCAUGAGGAGCUGCAGCACGACUACACACUGCUGAUGAGGGCCGACCUUGAAGAUGCUUCAUGCCGCUGGAACUUCGACUUCACUGCUGACAAGCCACUACUGGGUGGAGACUUCAAGUGGGUGGGGCUUCCUGAGGCUCACGUUCCUUUUCUUUACCGUGAUUGCACAGUAGGGGCAAAGUCUCAAGCAAAGGGGCAGGGGCCAGCAUCUGAGCUCAAGAAGGAGGACCUUCCUGAAACACCUGAGCAAUGUGAUGGAAUCUCACACACUGCAGAGAAACAGACACUGAAGCGGAAACAGACCAACAUCACAGAUUUCUACCAGGCCAAGAGGCGAGUCGUCACCACCAGGAAGUCUGGCCAGUGACCUGAGGAUGGACACACACACACACACACACGACACUCAGGACUGUCUGAAGGAAAAAGCACAGAGAUUUUCUUCUCCUGUUCAUCAUUUAAUAAUUAUUUAAUAGUAUUUUUAUUUUAUGGUGUUUGUGUUGUUUUGAGGUCAAAGUGUAAACACCAUAAUUUAUUGUGCAAUUCCUGUUAAUCUGGAUAUAAAGAUUAAUACUCAGCACUUACUGAACAUUUACUUUCAUUUAAAAGAUUAUAACCUCUGAUCUGGAAAGCACACACUAAUCUACACUAAACCUAUAGAUGUGUGUGUCAUACAGGAUUAUAUUAGUGUUCAUGUUGGAAUAAUAAAUCUGUCUGUGUAUCAGAGGCUGUUAUGAAGGUGUGCGCGCGCAUGCAGAUACAGAGUUCUGACAUUAUUUAUUUGAUAUGAUGAGCAUUAUACUGUCAUAAAUGUGGAGGAAAAAAUAAACUGAAACUAAAACA